GACGCGCCAAUGACGCGCGCGCCUCCGUUACGCGCACAAUAACUUCUCUCAUCUGAACCUCUGCACAUCACAGAUAAAACAUGAUGUUGAUCUAGAGGAUUUUACUUUGGACACAACACACGAAUGGGUUUCUGUGAAGACACGCUCGACGUAUCUGAUGAAAGAUGUAAGACACCAACAUGACGGUGCCUGAUUGACCGGUGACCCUGAAGAUAAACUCACCUGUUUAAGGUCCAACUACUGUCUCCACUCAGCUUCAUUUUCACCCCAUCUCCAUCACAAGAAGCGCUACCAGGAUGAUAAACCAGGUUAUUUCCAGCCAUUACAAUCAGAUGGGAAAGCCAAACAAUCGUACCACCACCAAAGAGCCUCUGAAGGAUCCCAAAACAGCUGUGAUUUUGGGAGUAUGCAGCCUCAUUAUUUUGGAGAACUUGAUCGUUUUGUUGGCAAUUUGGAAGAAUCAUAAAUUUCACAACCGAAUGUAUUUUUUCAUCGCUAACCUGGCUUUAUGCGACUUGUUGGCCGGCGUGAGCUACAUGGUCAACCUGAUGAUGUCAGGAGAGUUUACGUUUCAUCUGUCCACAACUGCGUGGUUUGUGCGCGAAGGGAGCACGUUUGUAGCUCUGGGCGCUUCCAUCUUCAGCCUCUUGGCGAUCGCUAUUGAGCGCCACCUCACCAUGAUUAAAAUGAGGCCUUAUGAUUCAAACAAAAAAUACAGGGUGUUUCUCUUAAUAGGGACUUGUUGGUUGAUAGCCGUCACACUGGGAGCUCUCCCCAUUUUGGGCUGGAACUGUCUGGAUAAACUUCAAGAGUGCUCGACCAUCUUUCCCCUCUACAGCAAAUACUACGUGGCCUUCUGCAUUACCAUUUUCAUUUCACUGCUGCUGGCCAUCUCCGUGCUGUACGCCAGGAUUUACAUCCUCGUCAAAACCACCAGCAGCAAAGUCACCAAGCAUGGCAACUCGGAGCACUCCAUGGCUCUCCUUCGAACCGUGAUCAUCGUGGUGGGCGUCUUCAUCGCUUGCUGGACGCCCAUCUUCGUGCUUUUCCUUGUCGAUGUGGCCUGCCAAGGGGGAGCCAAAAGCUGUCCCAUCUUGCUGGAAGCUCAUUGGUUCAUAGUCCUGGCAGUGUUGAAUUCCGGCAUGAACCCGGUGAUAUACACGUUAGCAAGCAGGGAAAUGCGCCGUGCCUUUUACAGGCUGGUUUGUGGCUGUGUGGUGAAGGAGGACGGGUUGGGAAGCAAACAGAACACAGACCCCGGCAGAAGCAAGACGAGUUCGAACAGUCAGCAAGCGGCUGAACCCGACGGCCCAGAAACCAUCAAUGCACAAAACCAACCGGCUGACUCUUAACAACAGCCGAUGUAAAAGAAUUAAAGACUCUGUCUGUGUGUUCAAUAAAGUGCACACAACUGCAUUAGUGAAUAGACUAUAGAGCUAUAGUAUGCACUUUUUAAAGUGCCCAUAAAAUAUUAGUGCAUGCUAAAGGAAGCUGUUUUAAUGUUGCCCUUCAUAUGUAAGAGUCUUUAAAAAGCAUGCACAUUGAAACAUGCUAACAAAAGUGAACAGGGGCACAAUGAACAGUUUCAAGGGGGUAUGCGAGACCCUUCCUUUAGAUGAUUUUUUGACUUGGGAUGUAUUCACAGCAUGCAGCUACAUAAAAAUGACUCAGUUGAGUGCAUUUAUUUAAUUUAACAGAGCAUUUCACUCGCAUUUGUGACUAAAAAUGCAUGUGAAUUGAGAAGCAAAAAAGGAUUAUUCGAAAAACAAAUGCGAUUUUAAUCUGGAAAUUGGAUUACUAAAAGAAGAAGAAUGCAUGAACAUUUCUGAAUCUAUGGACAGUACGGCUCAUGGUUGCACGUCUCACAGCAUUGAAAGUAUGCACACUUUGUUUUUUUUACCCAUUAACUUAUAUAAUGUAACUGUAUAAAAACCACCAAACUGAUCCCAACCCAUUUUUUACAGUGUUAGUAAUUGAAAAAAAAAAUGGAAAAGUGAUGGUGGGGCAUCUCAUGGGCAGGAUUCAAGGUUGAGAUUAUUUCACUUGAUAUGUUUAAAAGCCCAUUAGCACAUUUAAUAAAGCCUGAAUGCAUGAGUAUUAUAUCUCAAACUGAUACAGCACUUCCAAUUCAGAAAUUGAAUUUCCAAAGUCAAACUCAAACUAAUUCUCAACUAAAGUUUUGAGCAGAUAAAAAGCUGACAUCUAUUGAUACUGGCACAUAACUAAAAUAUAGAAACAAAUAAGAUCUGUAAGAAUUGGACUUAGUAUUUAAUAUAGUGCAUGUGCUACUAUAUUUAAGUCUGUCAUAAACUGUAUAUAGUGUUAUUAUGUAUAAUAUAUGUUCAAAUAUCAGAGAAUAUGUGUAUUUAAAUGAGAUCUGUCUGUAUGGAGUAAUUGUAGGCCUCUAUUUUAAGAUUAAAUGCAUAAACACCAGUGCUAUAUUUAUUAUGACAGGCUGUUCCAGGUUUGUGGGUUUAACAGAGAGUCUUUAUAAGUAACAGUAUACUGGCGCCACCUGCUGGAUACAAAUGUGAAGUACCCACAAAUAAAAUAUUUCUGACAUAAGAUAUCUGAUUCAUGCAGAAUACAAAACUUGUUUUUGACAUAAAUCGGCAACAUUGUUUUGUCUACAGAUGCACACCUGUAGUGAUUUUGUAGAAACUUCUUAAAUGAUCUAAUAUAAAUAAGGCCUAGUCCUGGAUUAACCUUAACCCUGUCCGAGAAACUGUCCCAUAAUGUCUUAUUUCUUUUGUGAAUUAUGUGAGUAAUCCUGUCUGUGAAAUCCAUCAACAUUUCAUUUUGAUCAUUGACUUUUACACUGAUUUCAUUCUUUCACAUGACCUUACUCAGUCAAUAUUAAAGAUAUCAAGAUUA